AUGACUGUCGCUUCCUCUCAUACCACUGCUCGGAUUAUUUCGGUCAUUGCCGGCACUCUAAUUGCCUUAUCUUGCGGAACGAAUUAUGCAUAUUCAGCAUGGGCCCCGCAGUUCGCCCACCAGAUGAAGCUUUCUUCGACCGAGAGCAACUUGAUCGGUGCGGCGGGAAAUUUGGGAAUGUACGCCAUGGGAAUCCCAAUGGGUCUAUUAACAGAUUCAAAGGGCCCACGACUCUUGAUCCUGAUCGGAUCGAUUUGUCUAUGCCUAGGAUAUUAUCCAAUUUAUCUUGCCUACCAACAUGGUGAAGGAUCGGUCCCCAUUAUCUUCUUGUGUUUCUUCGCCUUCCUGACUGGUACUGGUGGUUGCUCAGCAUUUGGUGCUGCCAUUAAAGUUGCGGCAUCUAACUUUGGGGAGAACCGAGGUACUGCGACUGCAUUCCCAUUAGCUGCUUUCGGUCUGAGCGCUUUGUUCUGGUCCAAUGUGUCGACACUCAUCUUCAAGGAUGACACCGGCCGAUUCCUUCUCCUUCUAGCCUGUGGAACUACUAUUCUCUCCUUGGUGUCUAUUCCAUUCAUGCGAAUCUUCCAGAACCCUUCGGAUGAGACCUAUUCCUCAGUUCCCAACAACGAAAACCCAGAUGUUCCCGAGUCACAAAGGCUGCGCCGAAGCAGUAUUGUGAUAGAGCACCCCGAUGACGGCCACGAUUCCACCGGAUUUGACCAUGCACACUCGGCGCAUGCACGCAGUCAUUCAACUGUUUCGAACAACCGUAUGGGUCCCUCCCACAUUAAUGAACGCGAUGAAAACUCGUCAUUGGUGCACAAACCCGAUGGCAGGCCAUCAUUUGAUACCCUGGACGAUGACUUCCUUGACGAUAUGGCCGUAGAAGCACACCACCCCGACAUCCGCGGUCUGGCCAUGCUCAAAUACGCCGAGUUCUGGCAAUUGUUCCUGACAAUGGCUCUCCUUUCUGGAAUUGGUCUUAUGACCAUAAACAACAUCGGAAACAGCACCAAGGCUUUGUGGCUAUACUACGACGAUAGUGCGACACCAAAGUUCAUCCAGCAGCGCCAGGUUAUGCAUGUAUCUAUCCUGUCUUUCGGAAACUUCCUCGGCCGCCUCCUGAGUGGCAUUGGGUCUGAUAUCCUUGUCAAGAAACUCAACAUGUCUCGUUUCUGGUGUCUCUUUAUUUCCGCGGCUGUCUUCACCCUCACCCAGUUGGCUGGAGCAUCUAUCUCGAACCCCAACACCCUUGUCAUCGUCUCAGCCUUCACUGGUGUUGCAUACGGCUUUUUGUUCGGUGUCUUUCCCGCUCUGACCGCUCACACCUUCGGUAUCGGCGGUCUCUCCCAGAACUGGGGAACUAUGACCCUGGCACCAGUUUUCAGUGGUAACGUUUUUAAUCUUAUUUACGGCACAGUAUAUGAUCGUCACUCUGUUGCGGGGCCCGAAGGAGAAAACCAAUGUCCAGACGGGUUACUCUGCUACCGCUCUGCCUACUAUGUGACCCUUUUCUCCGGCCUUUGUGGUGUUGUUGUUUGUCUGUGGAGCAUUCGACGCGAGUCUCAAAUCCACAAAUCACUACACAAGAAGGCUGAUCACCGAAUUGCGUAA